CGGCAUCCUUUGUCUUCCGGCUGUGCUCAGAUCCCUUCGGCGAGUCCCGCUUUGCGCGCCCAUUUCGAUCCCGAGUGUCAAACUCGGCUUUGCGGACUUGAGACUUCUGCACAGAUUUUCCGGGCCUAGGUUCUUGGCUAUGGGGGCAGGAAUGGCUCAGCUGGAGGGUUACUAUUUCUCGGCUGCCUUGAGCUGUACCUUUUUAGUGUCCUGCCUCCUUUUUUCUGCUUUCAGCCGGGCCCUGCGAGAGCCCUACAUGGACGAGAUCUUCCACCUGCCGCAGGCGCAGCGCUACUGUGAGGGCCAUUUCUCUCUCUCGCAGUGGGACCCCAUGAUUACUACAUUACCUGGCUUAUACCUGCUGUCAGUUGGAGUGGUCAAACCUGCCAGUUGGAUCUUUGGAUGGUCAGAACAUGUUGUCUGCUCCAUUGGAAUGCUCCGAUUUGUUAACCUUCUCUUCAGUGUUGGCAACUUCUAUUUACUAUACUUGCUUCUCCGCAAAGUGCAACCCAGACACAAGGCUUCCUCGUGUAUCCAGAGGAUCUUGUCAACAUUAACAUUAGCAAUAUUUCCCACACUCUAUUUUUUUAACUUCCUUUAUUAUACAGAAGCAGGAUCCAUGUUUUUUACCCUUUUUGCCUACUUGAUGUGUCUUUAUGGAAAUCAUAAAACUUCAGCCUUGCUUGGAUUUUGUGGCUUCAUGUUUCGUCAAACAAAUAUCAUCUGGGCUAUCUUCUGUGCAGGAAAUGUCAUUGCACAAAAGUUAACUGAAGCUUGGAAAACUGAGCUACAGAAGAAGAAAGAAGAGAGGCCUACCCCUAUUAAAGGACCAUUUUCAGAAUUCAGGAAAAUUCUUCAGUUUCUUUUGGCUUAUUCCAUGUCCUUUAAGAACUUGAGUAUGCUUUUACUUUUGACUUGGCCCUACAUUCUUCUCAUGUUUCUAUUCUGUGCUUUUGUGGCAGUUAAUGGUGGAAUUGUUAUUGGUGACCGGAGUAGUCAUGAAGCCUGUCUACACUUUCCUCAGCUGUUCUACUUUUUCUCUUUUACUCUCUUUUUUUCCUUUCCUCACCUGCUGUCUCUUAACAAAAUCAGGGCUUUUCUUUGCUUAGUUUGGAAACGGAGAAUUCAGUUUUUUGUGAUAACUUUAGUAUCCAUAUUUUUAGUUUGGAAAUUUACUUAUGCUCAUAAAUACCUGCUAGCAGAUAAUAGACACUAUACAUUCUAUGUGUGGAAAAGAGUUUUUCAAAGAUAUGAAAUUGUGAAAUAUUUGUUAGUUCCAGUCUAUAUAUUUGCUGGUUGGAGUAUUGCUGACUCAUUAAAAUCAAAGUCAAUUUUCUGGAAUUUAAUGUUUUUCAUAUGUUUAUUUACUGUUACAGUACCUCAAAAGCUGCUAGAGUUUCGUUACUUCAUUUUACCCUAUGUUAUUUAUAGGCUUAAUAUACCUCUGCCACCCACAUCCAGACUUGUUUGUGAGCUGGGUUGCUAUGCAAUUGUGAACUUCCUAACCUUUUAUAUCUUUCUGAACAAGACUUUUCAAUGGCCUAAUAGUCAAGACAUUCAAAGGUUCAUGUGGUAAUAUCAGGGAUAUCUUGAACUCUAAAAAUAGACUUAUUUAGACUAUUUCUAUAAUGAAAACUAAGUAGAAAUUUUGGAAUUUCUUUUAGACACUAUGGUGAUCCUCAGAUCACAUCAGAUUUUUUGUUUUAACUAUCUGAAAUAUGUAUUUUAAAAUGCAUAUUUAAAAUAUGUAUUUUAAAUACACACACAUAUACCUAUAUAUGUAUGUGUGUAUAUAUAUAUAUGUUUAUAUAUAUGUAUAUAUAUAAACCUGAGAAAGUUAAAUGGUAAAGAACUGAAGAAAAUUUAAGACUUGCUCUAUAAGCUUGAAUAAUAAUGGGAAAAAUAAAAUUAUGUAUAGCUAUCAUAUUUCUUUAACACUGUUUGCCACUCAAAAAGCUUAGAAGCUUUUUAUAUACAGGUUUAAGAAAACUGAGCAUGCUUUAUAGUACUAAAACUUAUUUAUUAAUUCUCUUCAGAAAAAUUAGCAAAGUCUUUAAAAAUAUUUGCAAUUAGGUAAUAUUGUUGAUUGAAAAGUUGUUUAACAUUUUAGUAAAUAUAAUUUUAAUCAUAAGUAAAAUAGACUCACAUAGAUAAGUAAAUGUUGUAAAAUAGAGGCUCUUCUGUGUUUAUCUAGGAAUCAAGUUGUGGAUUUUUGUUAAAAAUCUAGAAAUGAUGAUGUCCUUUCACUGUUCCUAAUGUGAAGCAUAUGAUGGCCAAAGAUAAAUUGUGUUGAUGAUAAUACCUUUCAAAUUGGGUUUUCUUUCUGAAAUACGUUACUGUAUUAGUUUCCUAUGGUGGCCAUAACAGAUUACCACUAAUUUGGUGGCUUAAAAAUCUUUCACAGAUCUGGAGGCUAGAUGCCUAAAAUUAACAUGUCACCAGUGUUAGCUGCUUUUGGAGGCUCCAAAAGAGAAUCCAUUCCAUGCCUCUCUCUUGCUUUCUCCAGUCCAUGGUGUUCCUUGGUUUAUAGAUGGAUUACUCCAGUAUCUGCCUCUGUCUUCACAUGGCCUUCCUCUCUGUCUUCCUUCUCUUAUAAUGACAAUUCUUUCUCUUUGGAUUUAAAGCCCACCCUAAUUCAGGAUAAUUGCAUGUCUAGAUCUUUAACUUAAUUAUAUCUGCAAAGACUCUUUCCAUAUAAGGUCAUAUUUACAGGUUUCAAGUUCUAACUUUUUGUGGAGCAUUUUUUAACCCAUCAAAGUUACUAAAGGAGAUUUUUCAAUAAACUUCAUAAGACUUGUAGGAAAUAAUUUCUUUGCUAAGAUAUUUUAAAUAACAUCUUUUCUGAGAGGUUAAAAACAAAUGACUUGCAAAGUCACAUAAAAACUAAACAUAGCUGGUGUUUGAUCCCAGUAUCCCCCAAAAGUUAGAAUUUAAAGGAAGUUUAUAGAUUAUUUGAUCUAGUCUUAUUUUGUAGAUUAGGUAACAAAUGUUUGGGUAUGAUUUAGGGGGAUUAAUUUUGGAUUCUGUGUCUACUAUUUGGAGUACAUUCAUUUGAGUUGUCAUUCCCUUACAGAGAAGUAUUAUUUGGAUAUGUAAACUUUGACAUGUAAACUUAGAACUGUGAAUAGAAUUCAUUUUUUAAUCCAGUUUGGCAUUUGUAAAUUUUUCAACUGUGAACUGUUUUCAGUGUUGGAUUAUGGUUCUCUGGGUUUCAAAUAAGGAGUGAAUUUGGAAAAUACUCUUUAUUUGCAAAUAUAAAAUUGUGCACAAGUACAAAUUACAAGUGUAGCCCUGAGUAAUAAAUAUAAAGUCUUAUGUUGUA